CGGAGCCUCUGGGCCGCGGCGCCGUCGUCGUCGUCGUUUCCGGGCGGAAGCAGUUGACGAGGGAGAGGACGAUGGCGCUGCAGGAGCAGGGAGGCCUCGUGGCGGAGGAGCCCCGGGAGCAGGAGCCCUCGGAGUCGGACUCGGAGGAGGAGGAGCAGGGCCUGGCCGGAGCUGGGCUCCGGGGGACUAGGCGCCGUCGCGGCGGGGGCGACUUCGCCUCGGGCUUCGUCUUCGCCGAGAAGGAGGCCGGGCCCGGAGGCAGCUGGGCCGAGGCGGCGCUGGGGCUGACGCUCAAGAGGAAGAAGCAGGCGACCACUUUGGACCAGAAGAUCGCGGCGGUCAGGAAGCGGAGGAAGCAGCAGGAGAAGGAGGCCAAGCAGGGCCCAGCGGACGACGCUCGGCAGGAAGACGGAAGCCAGGAGCAGGAGGAGCAGGAGGCCGAGGGCUCCUCCUCCGCAGAGGAGGACAUCAUCUUUGCAGAAGCAGAUACGCUGAAACUGAAGCAGCAGCGGAAGCGCAAGCGCAGAGGUGAGGAGGCAGAGGAGCCAUUCUUUGGGGAAGAUGCUUCGCAGUACGAUGACAGCCUCUCCUUCCAGGACAUGAACCUCUCCCGCCCAUUGCUGAAGGCUAUAACCGCCUUGAGCUUCAAGCAGCCAACCCCCAUCCAGAAGGCCUGCAUCCCAGUGGGGCUGUUGGGGAAGGACAUCUGCGCAUGCGCUGCUACAGGGACAGGCAAGACGGCGGCCUUCAUGUUGCCGGUCCUAGAGCGCCUGAUCUACAAGCCACGCCAAGCCCCUGUCACUCGGGUCCUGGUGCUGGUGCCCACCCGGGAACUAGGCAUCCAGGUGCACUCAGUUGCUAAGCAGCUGGCCCAGUUCUCCAGUGUCACGGCUUGCCUGGCAGUGGGUGGCCUGGAUAUCAAGACCCAGGAGGCGGCACUCCGCUCAGGCCCUGACAUCCUCAUUGCUACCCCCGGCCGCCUGAUUGACCACCUCCACAACUGCCCCUCCUUCCACCUGGGCAGCAUCGAGGUCCUUAUCCUGGAUGAGGCUGACCGGAUGCUGGAUGAAUACUUUGAGGAGCAGAUGAAGGAGAUCAUUCGCCUGUGUGCCCGUCAUCGCCAGACAAUGCUUUUUUCUGCCACCAUGACUGAGGAGGUGAAGGACUUGGCCUCUGUCUCCCUGAAGAACCCUGUCCGGAUCUUUGUGAACAGCAACACUGAUGUGGCCCCCUUCCUGCGCCAGGAGUUUGUGCGCAUCCGGCCCAGCCGUGAGGGGGACCGGGAGGCCAUUGUAGCAGCCCUGCUGACCCGGACCUUCCUUGACCAUGUGAUGCUCUUCACCCAGACCAAGAAGCAAGCCCACCGCCUCCACAUCCUCCUUGGCCUCUUGGGUUUGCAAGUGGGCGAGCUGCAUGGCAACCUGUCGCAGGCACAGCGGCUGGAGGCCCUCCGGCGUUUUAAGGAUGAGCAGAUCGACGUGCUGGUAGCCACAGAUGUGGCAGCGCGAGGACUGGACAUUGAAGGCGUCAAGACGGUGAUCAACUUCACCAUGCCCAACACCACCAAGCACUACGUCCAUCGAGUGGGGCGCACGGCUCGAGCGGGGCGCGCCGGCCGCUCUGUCUCUCUGGUAGGGGAGGAAGAGCGCAAGAUGCUGAAAGAAAUCGUCAAAUCCGCCAGAGCACCCGUGAAAGCCCGUGUCCUCCCCCAGGAUGUGAUCCUGCGUUUCCGGGAGAAGAUUGAGAAGCUGGAGCCUGACGUCUAUGCAGUGCUGCGCUUGGAGCAGGAGGAAAGGGAGCUGCAGCAUUCAGAGGCGCAGAUUAACACAGCCAGGCGGAAGCUGGAGACAGGGGCUCAAGAGGCGGCCCAGGAGACCCCCCGCAGCUGGUUCCAGAGCAAAGAAGAGAGGAAGAAGGAGAAGCUGACCAAGGCCCUUCAGGAGUUUGACCUGGCAUUGCGAGGCAAGAAGAAAAGGAAAAAGUUUGUGGCGGAGUCUCAGAAGAAGGUCCAGGCGACGCCGGAGGAACGGUCCCAGUUCGAAAUCCUCAAGGCCCAGAUGUACGCAGAGCGGCUGGCCAAGAGGAGCCGGCGUGCCAAGCGGGCUCGCGCCAUGCCAGAAGAGGCUCUUCCGGCACAGAGGGGGACAGGAUCCAAACAGCCACCCAGGAAGAAGAAGGCUUCAGUCUUCGACAAGGAGCUCACCAACACGAACAGGAAGGCCCUGAAGCAGUACCGUGCUGGGCCCUCUUUCGAUGACCGCAAGAGCCUGGGUCUGGGCCGGAGGAAGGGAGGGAGUUUCAAGUCCCGCUCCAGGUACAAGAGAAAAUGAGGGAUCUGACUGGACAGUGGGACCCCCAGGACCCCUUCUCUGCCACCAUCUCCCAACUCUCUCAGUGCCUUGGGAAGGACUGGGUCCUUUUGCUGGUGGGGUGUUGAAGCAUCUGGCCCUGCCUGUGGAGUGUGGUUGUCAGUUGCCUGUGCAUUUUCAAUUCCUUGUGUUUAAGGAGAAGCUUUUCAUGUAGCCACACUUUGGGGAGGGGCGGUAGCGGCAACAUUGCUGCCCCUGGUGAAGUUGCCCACCUGUCUGUCUGUCUGACCUGUUUCACACUGCCAAGUUGCUCUUGCAGUGAGAAAUGUCAUGAAAUCAACUUGUUUGCUGCAGAAGGCAGGUGCGGGAAGCUGGCUGCCGCCAGGAGGAAGGGUCUGUCUGUGUAUUGGGGACGGGUAUAUGAGCUCCUCUGUCCAGAGGGAAGGGGCCUGCAUUGCUUGGCUUGUGUCCAGCCAUUCCAAUGGAGGCACCAGAAGGAUGAGAUGCUUGGAUUGAGGUACCUUUGUCUUCAAGAACACAGUUAUGGGAUCUCCUAUAAUAAAAUAUUUUCUGUA